UACACUGAGUGUUACCUCCUAGCAGCCAUGGCAUAUAACCGCCACGCGGCCAUCUGUAACCCACUACUUUAUUCAAGUGCUAUGUCCAGUUCUCUCUGUACUGCACUCGUUGCUGGCUCCUACAUAGGAGGGUUCUUGAAUGCCAUAGCCCAUACUGCCAACACUUUCUGCCUGAGUUUCUGUGGUAAGAAUAUCAUUGACCACUUCUUCUGUGAUUCACCACAACUGGUAAAAAUGUCUUGUACAGACAGAUACCCAUGUCUAGGAAAAACUGCUCCUCGGUGUGGUGGGCUUCACGGUCCUCUCGAGCAUUCUUGCCAUCUUAAUUUCCUAUGUGCACAUCCUUCUGUCUAUCCUGAGGAUUCGCUCAGCCUCAGGAAGGCACAAGGCCUUCUCUACCUGUGCUUCUCACCUCAUCUCUGUCAUGCUCUUCUAUGGAGCCUUGCUGUUCAUGUACUCAAGGCCAAGUUACACCUGCUCUCUGGUGAGAGACGAAGUGGUUGCUCUCUUCUACACCAUGAUCAACCCUUUGCUCAAAUCUUUCAUCUAUAGUCUGAGAAACAAAGAUGUCAAAGAGGCUUUCUAGAAAGCAAUACAGACCAUUAGGACACAGAGAUGAUUGGAUCUUUUGCAUAACGCUCUGAUUGCAUUCUUCAAAUUAGUGGCUUUUACUCAUGUUUGUAAACAUUGAAAUAUUUCUGCAAAUACAAGUUAUACUUAAAACAAUGACACAUUUAUUAAACCACACUAUAAUGGAUGAUUAUUUGUGAGGUAUUAUAUCAUUUUAAGCAUGUAAUAUUGGGUGGUUUGAUGUUCCACAAUAUAGUGUUUCACUCCUUUACAGGACUAGAUUUUCAUAAAAUUAUCUUCUUGAAUAUCUUUGGGAAAUCUUGGAAAGAGAAGAGUAAAUGGAUGAUUGUACCCAUGGUUUGACUUAGAAGCUUAGUGAUCAAGUUUUAUCAUGUGGAGAAAAGAUCUGGAUCCACGAAAUUUGAAACCAUUUCAACAUGAACAUAUCUCACAGUGAACAAUGUAUGUGCCUCAGCUGGGGUUUUCAAUUGUCUAAAGUGGCAAAUGAUAAGGAGAGGCUGACAUACUGACCCAUUAAAUCAUGACAUAUAUAUUAAUCUUUUCACAGAAAGGGACCAGAGAAACCCAAAUCCAUGGAUGAGAAAAAUUCCACCAAAGUGAAGGAGUUUGUACUUUCAGGGUUCACAGCUGACUUGCAGCUACAGAAAGUGUUCUUUGUCAUCUUCCUCAUCAUCUAUGUCAUCAGUCUUCUAGGGAACAUGACCCUGAUUUCUCUGAUCUGUGCUGAUACUCGGCUCCACACACCCAUGUAUUUUUUCAUCGGAAGCCUGUCAUUCCUGGAUCUCUGGUAUUCUUCUGUGUAUGUCCCCAAAAUCCUAGUGACCUGUAUCUCUGAUAACAAAAGCAUCUCUUUUGCUGGCUGCCUGGCUCAGUUCUUUUUCUCUGCAGGACUGGCCUAUAGUGAGUGUUACCUGUUGGCCGCCAUGGCUUAUGACCGUUAUGUGGCCAUCUCCAUCCCCCUGCUCUACUCCCAGGCAAUGUCCCCAAGGUUAUGUGCCAGCCUUGUUGCAGCUUCAUACAUUGGUGGCUUUCUGAACUCAACCAUCAUCACCAGUGAGACAUUUACCCUGAGCUUCUGUGGGAACAACGUCAUUGAUGAUUUCUUCUGUGAUCUGCCCCCACUUGUGAAGUUGGCCUGUGAUGUGAAGGAGAGCCUCCAGGCUGUGCUCUAUUUCAUACUUGCCUCCAACGUCAUUGCUCCCUCUGUGCUCAUCGUCGCCUCCUACCUCUUCAUCAUCGCUGCCAUCCUGAGGAUCCGCUCUGCUCAAGGCCGCCUGAAGGCCUUCUCCACCUGUGCCUCUCACCUGAUGGCCGUCACCUUGUACUAUGGCUCCAUCCUCUACAUUUACUCCCGGCCAAGUACCAGCUACGCCCUGGAAAGGGAUAAGGUGGUGUCGGUGUUCUAUACUGUGGUGAUACCCAUGUUGAAUCCCUUGAUCUAUAGCUUAAGAAAUAAAGAUGUUAAAGAUGCUGUGAGGAAAAUGGUAGGUAGAUUAAAUAUUCCUAAAUGAAAAUACUUGGUCAGCAAUGGCUAUGGCUUUUUUUUUUUUUUUACAGAUUAUGUUUGUUUCUUGGCAUCAGCCUAUACUCACAGUAAUAAAGAAGUAAGAAAAGAAUAAAAUCAUUGGAUAUUGUGCAAGCAGAUUUCAUUUUUUUUCAGUUGGCAGUGUCUUUGAAUAUGCAUUUGAAAUUAUUGAAGCUGGGACCAUUGGAAAGACUGCUGUGCAUGCAUCCUAGGAAUUGUGUUUAAAAUCACUGGCAUUCUGAAAAAGUUGAAAAAAUCAAGUUUAAAAAAUUCACUUAAUAGGUCAUACGUUGCUUGUAAAUACAUCACUUUAAUCACUUAAUGGGAAUAGUAAAAUUGGUUAUGUAAUCAUUGUCAUGAUUAAAUGGAUCAAAUGACUUUUUCAGGUUAUUUACUUCAUAGUGAAAAAUAGGAAUUCUGUGCCAGAAAAUCUGGCUUCAAAGGUUCUUAGGCAUUUGUUGGGAGAGAGAAUGAGUUAAGCCCAAAAUAAAAUACAUAUCAUAAAUUGCCCUUAGAAAUGAAUUUACAUUUUCUUGUCUGGUUUUCUUUUUUUGCUUGAGGUGAUACAAAGAUUUUCUUGGUAUAAGAUA